UACUUUAUUUGAAUAUUAAAUACGAUAUUAAAAUUUUUCAUCGGCUUCAGUGGUUUAUAAAAGCUCGCAUCAACCUCCGCUGAUUGUGCUGCGCACCGGAUCAGUACCAAAGUAUUCAUGACCUAAAAAUUUAAAAAAAAGUAAUCACGGAGUAUUUCCAGUGAUAGAGGACACAUUAACUGAAGGAUGGAUACGACUUUGGUAUUGGAGUCAGUGCUAAAUAAUGUGACGUCAACGAUGGACUCGGUAUCAACUUCGAUACCAACACUGAUCACCACGACCGCUUCAGUGGAAGCGUUGCCUUUGUCAGGAGCUGCAUUGAUAUCACACGCUGCUCUGUCAAUGGGACCACAUGCCGCUAAACAGUGGAUGCGAUACAGCAAUCAAACUGUCGCGGACAAAGUGCCCGAGGAGAUGCUACAUUUGGUCGAUCCCCACUGGUACCAGUAUCCGCCGAUGCACCACAUAUGGCACAAAACACUUGGGAUAGUGAUGAUCGUCAUUGGAAUACUCGGCUGGACCGGCAAUGGCUGUGUCGUCUAUAUUUUUUUAAUCACCCCUUCUCUGAGGACACCCAACAAUAUUCUUGUUGUAAAUCUCGCGUUCUCGGACUUCUUGAUGAUGGUCAUCAUGUCACCGCCUAUGGUCGUUAAUUGUUGGUUCGAGACUUGGAUACUUGGAACACUGAUGUGUGAUAUUUAUGCGAUGUUCGGUUCAUUGUGCGGAUGUGUAUCAAUUUGGACGAUGGUACUGAUCACAUAUGAUCGAUACAAUGUUAUUGUUAAGGGUAUGUCCGGUACGCCAUUGACAAUCCCCAGAGCAAUAAUUCAAGUCUCAGUUGUCUGGAUAUUAGCUCUCGCUUGGUCACUUCUUCCACUAUUCGGAUGGAAUAGAUACGUACCGGAAGGUAAUAUGACAUCAUGUGGAACUGAUUAUUUGACAAAAGACUGGGUGUCAAGAUCAUACAUUUUAGUUUAUUCUGUAUUCGUCUAUUACACUCCGCUCUUCACAAUUAUUUACUGCUACUGGUUCAUUGUGUCAGCUGUAGCGGCCCAUGAAAGAGGAAUGAGAGAGCAAGCUAAGAAAAUGAACGUCGCGUCUCUCCGUAGCGGAGAGCAAGAAGGACCUAGUGCUGAAGCUAAAUUAGCAAAGGUAGCUCUCACUACAGUAUCGCUCUGGUUCAUGGCAUGGACGCCGUACCUAGUAAUUAAUUACGCCGGUGUCUUCGAGGCAUCAUUCUUAUCUCCACUCUUCACAAUCUGGGGCUCUCUGUUCUCUAAAACUAAUGCAUGUUACAAUCCACUUGUCUACGCAACUAGUCAUCCAAAGUAUCGCGCUGCUCUUCAUGAAAAAUUACCGUGUCUGGGUAUCGGAGCCCCACCAGCACCAAAAACCAGCGAUACUGCUUCAGCUAAAACUGACGCUUGAAUAACGACUGAUUAACAAAUUAUCAGCUUGUACAAAAAUAAAUAAUUGUCCUUAAAAAAUAAAUAUUUUAUUUCCCAAUUUUAAUAUUUUUAUUCAUACCCUGCAUAUAAUUAUUAUUAAUUAAA